AUGGACAGCUCAGACUCGUUGUGUGACAUCUCAGACAGAUUUGGUGCCUUUGGGCCAGUGAUGGAAUCCCACCACUGCAGUGAUGGGAAGUUCAUCAGGAUUCAUUUCGGGGCCACUGGGAAGUUGGCGUCAGCUGACAUCGAGACUUACCUCCUGGAGAAGUCCCGUGUCAUCUUCCAGCUGAAGGCUGAGAGGAACUACCACAUCUUCUACCAGAUCCUCUCUAACAAGAAGCCGGAGCUGCUGGAGCUGCUCCUGGUCACUACCAACCCCUACGACUACGGCUAUGUCUGCCAAGGCGAGGUGACUGUGGCCUCCAUUGAUGACGCGGAGGAGCUGCUGGCGACUGACAGUGCUUUCGAUGUCUUGGGCUUCACCACCGAGGAGAAGGCUGGCGUCUACAAGCUGACGGGCGCCAUCAUGCACUUUGGCAACAUGAAGUUCAAGCAGAAGCAACGGGAGGAGCAGGCGGAGCCAGACGGCACUGAAGAUGCUGACAAGUCAGCCUACCUGAUGGGGCUGAACUCAGCCGAUCUCCUCAAGGGGUUGUGCCACCCACGGGUGAAGGUGGGCAACGAGUAUGUCACCAAGGGGCAGAAUGUCCAGCAGGUUGUCUACUCCAUUGGGGCCCUGGCCAAGGCCGUCUAUGAGAAGAUGUUCAACUGGAUGGUGGGGAGGAUCAACAACUCGCUGGAGACCAAGCAGCCACGGCAGUACUUCAUUGGCGUGCUGGACAUCGCCGGCUUUGAGAUCUUUGAUUUCAACAGCUUUGAGCAGCUCUGCAUCAACUUCACCAAUGAGAAGCUGCAGCAGUUCUUCAACCACCACAUGUUCGUGCUGGAGCAGGAGGAAUACAAGAAGGAGGGGAUCGAGUGGGAGUUCAUCGACUUUGGCAUGGACCUCCAGGCCUGCAUCGACCUCAUAGAGAAGCCCAUGGGGAUCAUGUCCAUCCUGGAGGAGGAGUGUAUGUUCCCCAAGGCCUCGGACAUGACCUUCAAAGCCAAGCUCUAUGACAACCACCUGGGCAAGUCGGCCAACUUUGGGAAGCCACGUAAUGUCAAGGGAAAGCCAGAGGCCCACUUCUCACUCGUCCAUUAUGCCGGCACGGUGGACUACAACAUCCUGGGCUGGCUGGAGAAGAACAAGGACCCCCUCAAUGAGACAGUGGUGGGGCUCUACCAGAAGUCGGCCCUCAAGCUCUUGGCCAACCUCUUCUCCAACUACGCCGGGGCAGACGCUGGAGGUGAUGGAGGGAAGGGGAAGGGAGCCAAGAAGAAAGGUUCCUCCUUCCAGACUGUCUCAGCCCUGCACCGGGUAAGCAGUCCUGUCAUGGGGCGGAGGGAGGACAACCCCCCCCACAUGGAAGGUGACCGCACUGCCACCUGUCUUGUCCCCUGCGGGCCUAUUGGUCAACCUCUUCUCUCCUCCUCCCCUCCACAGGAGAACGUGAUGGACAAUCCCCUGGUGAUGCACCAGCUCCGCUGCAAUGGGGUGCUGGAGGGCAUCCGCAUCUGCCGCAAGGGAUUCCCCAACCGCAUCCUCUACGGGGACUUCCGCCAGCGGUACCGCAUCCUGAACCCCACGGCUAUCCCUGAGGGGCAGUUCAUCGACAGCCGCAAGGGUGCUGAGAAGCUCCUGGGGUCCCUGGACAUCGACCACAACCAGUACAAGUUUGGGCACACCAAGGUCUUCUUCAAGGCUGGGCUGUUGGGGCUGCUGGAGGAGAUGCGGGACGAGCGUCUCUCCCGCAUCAUCACCCGUAUCCAGGCUCAGGCCCGGGGUCAGCUCAUGCGCAUUGAGUUCAAGAAGAUCCUGGAGCGCCGGGAUGCGCUGCUGGUGAUCCAGUGGAACGUCAGAGCCUUCAUGGGGGUGAAGAACUGGCCCUGGAUGAAGCUCUACUUCAAGAUCAAGCCCUUGCUGAAGAGCGCUGAGACAGAGAAAGAGAUGCAGAGCAUGAAGGAGGAGUUUGGGCGGCUAAAGGAGGCCCUGGAGAAGUCAGAGGCCCGGCGGAAGGAGAUGGAGGAGAAGAUGGUCUCCAUGCUGCAGGAGAAGAAUGACCUGCAGCUCCAAGUGCAGGCUGAGCAGGACAACCUCACUGAUGCUGAGGAGCGCUGUGACCAGCUGAUCAAGAGCAAGAUCCAGCUGGAGGCCAAGGUGAAGGAGCUGCUGGAGCGGCUGGAGGACGAGGAGGAGAUGAACGCUGAGCUGACGGCCAAGAAGAGGAAGCUGGAGGACGAGUGCUCGGAGCUGAAGAAGGACAUCGACGACCUGGAGCUGAGCCUGGCGAAAGUGGAGAAGGAGAAACACGCCACCGAGAACAAGGUCAAGAACCUCACAGAAGAGAUGGUUGGGCUGGAUGAGACCAUCACCAAGCUGACGAAGGAGAAGAAGGCCCUGACAGAAGCUCAUCAGCAAGCGCUGGAUGACCUGCAGGCGGAGGAAGACAAGGUCAACACCUUAACAAAGGCCAAGGUCAAGCUGGAACAGCAGGCAGAUGAGCUCGAAGGCUCCCUGGAGCAGGAGAAGAAGAUCCGGAUGGACCUGGAACGGGCCAAGAGGAAGCUGGAAGGUGACUUGAAGCUGACCCAGGAGAACAUCAUGGACCUGGAGAAUGACAAACAGCAGCUGGAGGAGAAGCUCAAGAGGAAAGAGUUUGAGCUCCAGCAGCAGAACAGCAAGGUUGAGGAUGAGCAGGCACUGGCCCUGCAGCUCCAGAAGAAGCUGAAGGAGCUGCAGGCGCGGAUUGAGGAGCUGGAGGAGGAGCUGGAGUCGGAGCGGGCGGGCAGGGCCAAGGUGGAGAAGCUGCGCUCAGAGCUGGCACGAGAGCUGGAGGAGAUCAGCGAGCGACUGGAGGAGGCGGGCGGCGCCACUGCGGUGCAGCUGGAGCUCAACAAGAAGCGGGAGGUGGAGUUCCAGAAGAUGCGGCGGGACCUGGAGGAGGCCACGCUGCAGCAUGAGGCCACAGCUGCUGCGCUGCGGAAGAAGCACGCUGACAGCGUGGCUGAGCUCGGCGAGCAGAUGGACAACCUGCAGCGAGUCAAGCAGAAGCUAGAGAAGGAGAAGAGUGAGCUCAAGCUGGAGCUGGAUGACCUCAGCUCCACUGUGGAGCAGCUGCUCAAGGCCAAGGCCAACCUGGAGAAGAUGUGCCACGCAAUGGAGGACCAGAUGAAUGAGCACCGGGCCAAGUCCGAAGAGGCUCAACGCACAGUCAACGACCUCACCACCCAACGAGCCAAGCUCCAGACAGAGAACGGUGAGCUCUCCAGGCAGCUGGAGGAGAAGGAAGCCUUCAUCAACCAGCUGACACGAGGGAAGCUCACCUAUAGCCAGCAGCUGGAGGACCUCAAGAGGCAGCUGGAGGAAGAGGCCAAGGCUAAGAACGUGCUGGCCCACGCCCUCCAGUCGGCCCGGCAUGACUGCGACCUGCUGCGGGAGCAGUACGAGGAGGAGACAGAGGCCAAGGCCGAGCUCCAGCGCUCGCUCUCCAAGGCGAACUCCGAGGUGGCACAGUGGAGGACCAAGUAUGAGACAGAUGCCAUCCAGCGCACUGAGGAGCUGGAGGAGGCCAAGAAGAAGCUGGCCCAGCGGCUGCAGGAGGCUGAGGAGGCAGUGGAGGCCGUCAACGCCAAGUGCUCCUCCCUGGAGAAGACUAAGCACCGGCUGCAGAAUGAGAUUGAAGACCUCAUGGCCGACCUAGAGCGAUCAAAUGCAGCAGCGGCCACCCUGGACAAGAAGCAGAGGAACUUUGACAAGGUCUUGUCCGAGUGGAAACAGAAGUUUGAGGAGUCGCAGACAGAGCUGGAGGCAUCACAGAAGGAGUCCAGGUCCCUCAGCACCGAGCUCUUCAAGCUGAAGAACUCCUACGAGGAGUCACUCGAGCAUCUGGAGACCUUCAAGAGGGAGAACAAGAACCUCCAAGAGGAGAUCUCGGACCUCACGGAGCAGCUGGGCGCCAGCCAUAAGACCGUCCACGAACUGGAGAAGGUCCGCAAGCAGCUGGAUGCCGAGAAACUGGAGCUCCAAGCUGCACUAGAGGAGGCUGAGGCCUCUCUGGAGCACGAGGAGGGGAAGAUCUUGAGGGCCCAGCUGGAGUUCAGCCAGGCCAAGGCGGAAUCUGAACGCAAGCUGGCCGAGAAGGAUGAGGAGAUGGAGCAGGCCAAGCGCAGCCACCUGCGAGCAGUGCAGACCUCCCUGGAUGCUGAGCCCCCCAGCCGCAACGAGGCCCUGCGGCUGAGGAAGAAGAUGGAGGGAGACCUCAAUGAGCUGGAGAUCCAGCUUGGCCACGCCAACCGCGUGGCCACGGAGGCUCAGAAGCAAGUCAAGACCUUGCAGGGAUACCUCAAGGACACCCAGCUGCAGCUGGAUGAUGUGGUGCGAGCCAACGAGGACCUGAAGGAGAACAUGGCCAUCGUGGAGCGGCGGAACGACCUCCUGCAGGCGGAGCUGGAGGAGCUACGGGCAGUGGUGGAGCAGACAGAGAGGGCGCGGAAGUUGGCUGAGCAGGAGCUGCUUGAGGCUGGUGAGAGGGUCCAGCUCCUCCACUCGCAGAACACCAGCCUCCUCAACCAGAAGAAGAAGAUGGAGGCCGACAUCUCCCAGCUUCAGGCAGAGGCGGAAGAGGCCAUCCAGGAGUGCCGGAAUGCUGAGGAGAAGGCCAAGAAGGCCAUCACCGAUGCAGCCAUGAUGGCAGAGGAACUGAAGAAGGAGCAGGACACCAGCGCCCACCUGGAGCGGAUGAAGAAGAACCUGGAGCAGAGCAUCAAGGACCUACAGCUGCACCUGGCUGAGGCUGAGCAGUUGGCCCUCAAGGGGGGCAAGAAGCAGCUGCAGAAGCUGGAGGCCCGUGGGAGGGAGCUGGAGGCUGAGCUGGAGGCUGAGCAGAAGCGCAACGCUGAGAGUGUCAAGGGCUUGCGCAAGUCCGAGCGGCGUGUCAAGGAGCUCAGCUACCAGACGGAGGAGGACAGCAAGAACCUGCUGCGGCUCCAGGAGCUGGUUGACAAGCUCCAGCUGAAGGUCAAGGCCUACAAGCGGCAGGCAGAGGAGGCGGAAGCCCAAGCCGCCGCCCACCUGGCCAAGCUCCGUAAGGUGCAGCAGGAGCUGGAGGAGAAUGAGUAG